AUGACAUUUCACCGGAAUGUACGCCGUAUCUCCCAUUAUAUGGCAGUUGUGGAGCACUAUUCCGGUCGAUUCACGGACGUCGCUGCGUGCCUGAGCUGUGACCAUACACGAUUGACCUCCCUUGGGUUUUCGAAUGACUAUUUCACAGUUCUGGAGGAUGCAUUUCGCGUCCCCGAAGAUGAAAUCUACGGUUCCGGAGACUGUGCACUCGCGGUAGAAUUGCCGGUGAGAGUGGACAACACGGCGAAAUCCGCCGUGACUCUCAGCGCCACCGCCUGUCCUCCAUUUGGUCCAGCCGUGUUCUCGAUCCAGAUGGGAAAAUUGAAACUCACUGACGGUGGCUGUAAGGAACGUCUUGACUUUUCCGAUACCGAAAUUGAGGCUGCCGGUGAUUUUGGUCUUGGUUGGUCCAUCACCGAUAAAAGUGAUAGCAUCGGAGAUGGUCUUGAACUGGCCAGUUCCGUCUUGAGCCACCACGGCAUUAGCUCUCACUGUUGGUCCUCCACCCGGUGGUUCUGCCAUGAGCCGCCGUGCCUCUGGUCCGACCCAUGUUGGGAUACCAUCUUCUGUAUACAAGAGCUUUCUAGCGUAGCUUGCAAGAGCACCGGGAGAAUGGUGGAGAGGUCUGCUGGAACGCGAUGGAGCCACUUAGCCAAACCCGAAGAUCCUCGACAAAUCCGUCAAUCUGAGAAACUGAGAACCCGUGAUCAACACACUUUCUCAGAUCAUCGAUGGCGUCAAUCAUCAGCGUCUCACACAGCUCGAAAGCACCCUUUGCUUCGGGGUCAUCGUCAGCCUUGGAUUUAA